GAGAGCGAGAGAAGAAAGAGUGCUGUACAAUGUGCUAGGAGAGUGAAGGAGAAAAGCUCAGUUGUUUUUCUGAUAUUGUCGAGGUGUCAGAGAGACGGGACAGGACGCAGCCAUGGGGCGAAAGAAGAUACAGAUCACCAGGAUCAUGGAUGAGAGGAACAGGCAGGUUACCUUCACAAAGAGGAAGUUCGGACUGAUGAAAAAGGCCUACGAGUUGAGCGUGCUGUGUGACUGUGAGAUAGCCCUCAUCAUUUUCAACAGCUCUAACAAACUGUUCCAGUAUGCCAGCACAGACAUGGACAAAGUGUUACUGAAAUACACAGAGUACAACGAGCCCCACGAGAGCAGAACCAACUCUGACAUUGUAGAGAAAUUAAGAAACAAAGGCCAUAAUGACUGUGCUAGUCCUGAUGCCGAUGACUGUUUUGGGCACAGCCCCCUCAUGGACGACCGUUUCGGCAAACUAAGUGAAGAGAGUGAUUUAAUGUACAAGCGCUGUGGUGCGCUUAACAAGAAAGAACACAGAGGCUGUGAUAGCCCGGACCCCGAUGCCUCAUAUGUCCUCACUCCUCACACAGAAGAAAAGUAUAAAAAAAUUAAUGAGGAGUUUGAUAAUAUGAUGAGAAAUCAUAAAAUCCCCACAGCACUGCCUCAGCAGAACUUCUCCAUGCAUGUGGCGGUGCCGGUCUCCAACCCUAACGCCAUGUACCAGCCAGGAGGGGCUUUGGGCACUCAGGCCCUGGCAGCAGCCACAGUUUCCCUGAGUGACAGCGGGAUGCUGUCCCCACCCCAGGCGUCCCUACACCGGAGUGGGGGCUCUAGCGGAGGUCCCCAGAGGCCAACCAGUGCAGGUAGCGCAGGGAACGGUUUUGUCAACCCCAGGGGUUCUCCAGGCCUCCUUGGCACGCCCAGCGGCAACGGCCUGGGCAAAGUAAUGCCCACCAAGUCUCCGCCGCCCCCUGGAGGGAACAUGGGGAUGGGCAACCGCAAGCCAGACCUAAGGGUUGUUAUUCCUCCGUCGAGCAAAGGGAUGAUGCCCCCGCUGAACACCCAGAGGAUAAGCAGCUCCCAGUCAGCCCAACCACUGGCCACCCCAGUGGUAUCCGUCACCACCCCCAGCUUACCUCCACAGGGCCUGGUGUACUCCAGCAUGCCUACCGCCUACAACCCUACUGAGUACUCCCUGAGCAGUGCAGAGAUCUCUACCCUGCAGGGCUUCAGCUCUCCCGGGCUCUCUCUGGGCUCCAUGUCGGCAUGGCAACAGCAUCAAUUGGGCCAGGCAGCGCUCAGUUCUUUGGUCGGUGGGGGUCACCUACCUCAGGGUCCCAACCUCUCCAUCAACACCAGCCAUAACAUAAAUAUCAAGUCGGAGCCCAUUUCCCCACCGCGGGAGCGCAUCACUCCCUCCAGCUUCGCCCCUCAUCAGCAGCAGCAAGUGUCCAGCCGGCAGGAUCUGGGACGCUCACCCGUCGACAGCCUCAGCUCUUCCUGUAGCUCUUACGAUGGCAGCGACCGCGAGGACCACCGGCCAGACUUCCACUCCCCACUAGGGCUGGGUAGACCCCCGACUAGUUCCGAGGACAGGGAGAGCCCAUCUGUUAAGCGCAUGCGCAUGGACACGUGGGUGACAUAAAGAGCCCUGGUCGAGCCCUCCAGUCACCAGCCAGUCACAGGGAAGGUGUAGACAUGGAGAUGAAAGAAGGUGAAAGGGUCCUUAAAAACGAUCGCCCUAAUACUAUUAUUUAUCUCCAUUUCAUUUUUUGUAAGACUGAGUGGCAAACGUAAAAUGAAGUGUCAAGACAUAUCUGCGGUCAAUCCUCAAACUGCUACAGUAAGAAAGUAAAGGAAAAUUAAGAAAAAAAGCUCAAUUUAGCCAGACUGAAUUAUAUGCACAAGCAGAUCCCAUCAGGUACUUGUUGCAAAUUAGACGAUGUUUGCAGGGGUAUGAUUUUCAAAGCAUAUGUUAAGCAAUAGGCUAUAAAUUAUUGUAAUCACUGGUCUAGUCUGACACUAGUAGUUACUGUUUUUGCUGUUGUGGUUGCAAGUUACAAACAAUCAGAGAUAGUUGUGUUUGCUUCAGGCUGAGGACCUCAACGCGCGAUGUUGACUGCAAAAACUCACUCUUUAAAUUGUGCCGUAACCAUACAGCGCACGACUAACCAACGGAUGAAACGCCGAGAACACAUAACAGAGAUAGUAAACAUAAUAAAAAAAAAAAAGAAGAAGAAGAAAGAGUUACAGUUUUAAUCUCGACAAUUUUGCACCGGUUGAAAUCACCUUGCUGUACAAAUGAAACGAUACUGUCCAAGGUUAAAACAAACACAAAAAAAAACAAAAAAAAAGAGAUAGGAAAAGAAUUUAUUGCAAUAAUAGCAUAACGUUCAUUUUAUAAUUUAAAAAAAGAAGAAAGAAUAGGAUAUUUAAUGUGCAAUGAAGAUAACGAGAAGCUGUCCAGUUGAACUGGUGAGAAAAUCAAGACGUUCACGUUUGUGCAAAAUGUCAUCAGUAAUACAAGCCAAAGGUGUUUUCUUUCGUUUUGUUUUGUACAAUAGUGAUGGUUUCCUAGAGAGUCUCUCAAAUGCAUCGUUUAUUUCCGUCAUAGUUUUAUUUUUAUCGUGCUUUAUUACAAACCGUGUAAAAUCAUGUAAACCAGAUCUAGAAUUGAUAUCUAAAGCCAUGAACACUUGCUGUUCUGUUUGUAUAAUUGAAAAUUUGAGCCAAACAUUUUUUUCUUAUGUAAAUAGUAACUUUAAUAUAUAGCACCAGGGUGCGAGUACAAUACUGAAUGUAUCGUACCGUCACCAGUUUUGAGAAAAGUAUAUUUUUGUGGAUUGCAGCCAAGUUUACAAGGAUAGACCCUUAAAAAAGUGGAUCCUUUACUGGUCAAUAUUUGCUAUUUUGUUAAUUUUACUGUAAUCUCUUCUAAAUUGAGUAUCGGCAUAAUCAUGUACGUGUUCCUGAGUUGGAGACGGUAGUUAGGUGGUUGUUUUCCCUCGAAGAGUGGUGAUUGUUGGUCCUUCCCAACCAUGCUGUGAGGUUGACGUUUGCCUGUUCUGUUUUGUUUUUUGUUUUUGUUGAAGGAUGAUCGCAAGUUUAGGGGAAAUAGUUUCUUCGCUCCCAUUGUGUGUUAGACGUACGCCUACAGCUGCUGAAUACACUGCCACAGCAUUCGCACCCAAGGUCCCGACCUUGCAUAGAGGAAUCCAACGGUAUUGUGUGUAGGUCAGCGGAAAGACUCGCCAUCUCAUAAGCCUAUUUUUUUUUCUUCUUCUUCUUUCCCCUCCGCUCCGCAAUCCUAUUAUUGGUUGAAAGCAGAAGCCAUGCGUUUGGUAAAAGUGUCCUCUGUCUCUCGGAGGACGCUUUUUUACACACAGUAAGUUAAUGUAAAUAUCCCAGUCUAACUGAAUUGUCACUCCUAAUUUUGUGGGGAAACUUUUUCUUUUUCCUUCUUUUUAAGUUAAUUGGCUCAGAAAUAAUACCUUACGUCCAUCCCUCAUUAUUAUUAUUAUUAUUAUUAUGAUUGUUAUCAUUAUUAUUUUAUUAAGGUUAGGCCUAAGGAGCUGUAGGAGCUUGAGAAUAAACCAGAGGGCAUUGAUGUCAGGUAGAUAUGGAAGGUGGCUACUGCCUAUAUUUGUAUACUAGAUCAUGCAGAGACACAUCAGUAUGUGCUAAC